AAAAGGAAAAAAGAAAAGAAAAGAAAAAAACUAAAACUUUACACAUAGUGCUGACGAGCAGUGAUGAGGAUUCCAAUUUCCAACUUCAUCAUACUAAGAAAUUCAGUAAAAACUAUUUCCCCUCUCUUCGGGUCGCCUUGUUUUCAGUUCCAGAUCAUACGUUAUGGGAUCUUGUUUAGCCAAUAUCUCCAAUUCAAUUUCGCCGACUGCUCAAGCUCUCUUCGAUGAAUUGUGUACUGCCUACAUCGCCCCUCUGGAUUUCCCUGACCUCAUAAUUUCCCUUGUAGGUGUAUCAGCGGCGAUCAUCGCCGUUCACCUCUUGCUCGAGAUGGUGCGUGACUUGAAGCAGAUGACUAAGCAGAAGACGAAGAGCAAGUGGCUUGGAGUUCGCCGCGAUUUCUCCACUGAAGUAGAAAAAAGCAGGACGGUUCAUGUUCCGGAUCUAGAUGCUGCACUUGCUGAAGAACUGCAGUUUCAAGAAGCUUUAUUGGUUUCGCUUUUUACUGCUCCGACUGUUAAUGAGGCAUCUUCAUCUGAAUUCGCUUCGCUUUCUACUGCUCUGACUCUUAAUGAGGCAUCUUCAUCUGAAUUGGCUUUGCUUUCUACUGCUCUGAAUCUUAAUGAGGCAUCUUCAUCUGAAUUAGCUUUGCUUUCUACUGCUCUGAAUCUUAAUGAGGCAUCUUCAUCUGAAUUGGCUUUGCUUUCUACUGCUCUGACUCUUAAUGACGCAUCUUCAUCUGUCCAGGGAGAACCCUUUCCUAAAAGCUUCUGCGAGAUUUGCUUAGAGGACAAAGGAAAAUGGCAGAUGAUAGAACAUGAAGGAUGUUCUCACUCAUUCUGUUCUGAGUGCAUGAGCAAGCAUAUCAUCGCAAGGGUUGAAGCAAACAUGCUUGAAGUCAAUUGCCCCGGAAUAAACUGCCGUUCUCUGUUAAAUGCCAGUCACUAUCGGCAUUUGGUUCCUAAGGAGACUCUAGUUAGGUGGGAUGAAGCUGUAUGCAAGUCAAUGUACGUCGACUCUCAGAAACUGUACUGUCCUUACCGCGACUGCUCUGCCAUGUUGGUUAAUGACACCGGGGAGGCCAUGGGAAAGUCGACUUGCCCUUUAUGCAAGAGAUCAUUCUGUGCAGCAUGCCAAGUCCCCUGGCAUUCCGAGUUUACCUGCAAGAAAUUCAAGAAGCUGAACACGCAGAAGAAGAAAGAAGAUGCCAUGGUGAUGACUCUUGCAAAGAAGAAACACUGGCAGAAAUGCCCACAAUGCAAAAUGCUUGUGGAAAAAUCAGAGGGAUGUAUUCACAUGACUUGCAGGUGCAAUCACCAGUUCUGCUACAGGUGUGGCAGGAAAUGGUCUUCAACUCAUGAAGCUUGCUAUUUUAAACUAGGGAGGUUAGCAAACAGAACUUUCGGUAAACUACUCGUUCAGUAAGCAUUCGUUUAUUUAGGUAAACGAACGUAAAUGAACAAAUUUUAGAGCUCGGUUUAUAUAAACGAACAGAGUCUGAACAUUUGUGAGCUCGUUUGCUAAAAGCUCCUGAACAAGUUCGUUUGUGUUCGUUUAAUAUUGUUCAUGAACAAGCUCGUUUCGUGUUCGUUUAAUAAUAUUCAAGAACAAGCUCGUUCAGCGUUCGUUAAUAAUGUUUGUUCGUUAAUGAUCCUAGUUUCAACCAAUCAAUACCUCCUAGUAGAGAGUGGUUUCAUUUCUCGGUUAUUGCU